AUGGCGCCGAGCACGAUCCGGAAGGCGAUCGGGACGGUGAAGGACCAGACGAGCAUCGGGAUAGCGAAGGUGGCCAGCAACAUGGCGCCGGAGCUGGAGGUGGCGAUGGUGAAGGCCACCAGCCACGACGACGACCCGCCCAACGAGAAGUACAUACGCGAAAUCCUCAACCUGACCUCCUACUCCCGCGGCUACGUCAGCGCCUGCGUCGCCGCCGUAUCGAAGCGGCUGAGCAAGACGCGGGAUUGGAUCGUGGCGCUGAAAUCGCUCAUCGUCGUCCACCGCCUCCUCAACGACGGAGAUCCGCUCUUCCAGGAGGAGAUCUUGUACGCCACCAGGAGAGGGACGAGGCUUCUCAACAUGUCCGAUUUUAGGGAUGAGGCGCAUUCCAGCUCCUGGGAUCAUUCCGCUUUCGUCAGGACUUAUGCUAUGUAUCUCGAUCAGCGGCUCGAGAUGGUCUUGUUCGACAGAAAAGGCUCUGCCUCUGGCGGCGGCGGCGAAAUCGAUAGGUAUGGAGGAAGAGAUGUGACGGAGGCAGCGGGGGGAAGAGAUGGACGCGACAAGCCAGGAGCCGCCGCCACCACCCCGAUACGAGACAUGACGCCGGAGAGACUUUUCGGUAAGAUGUCUCAUUUGCAGAGGCUAUUGGAUCGAUUCUUGUCUUGCCGGCCAACAGGGCUAGCGAAAACCAGUAGAUUGAUACUGAUGGCUGCAUACCCAGUAGUGAAAGAGAGCUUCCAAUUGUAUGCUGAUGUAUGCGAGGUUCUAGCCGUGUUGCUCGAUAAGUUCUUUGAUAUGGAGUACCCAGAUUGUGUCAAGGCACUUGAUGCUUAUGCUAGUGCUGCUAAGCAGAUUGAUGAGCUCAUUGGAUUCUACAACUGGUGUAAAGACACUGGAGUAGCUAGGUCAUCAGAGUAUCCGGAGGUGCAGAGGAUUACUGGGAAGCUAUUAGAGACAUUGGAGGAAUUCGUUAGGGAUAGAGCAAAGAGGCCCAAGAGUCCAGAGAGGAAAGAAGAGGCACCUCUUGCUAUCGAGGAAGCGCCUGCACCGGAAAUGAAUGAAAUCAAGGCACUUCCCGCACCAGAGACUUCCAAUCCACCUCCAGCUCCAGCUCCAGCUCCCGAGCCUGAGCCAGAGCCUCCUAAGCCACAGUAUACUGAAGAUUUGGUGAACCUGAGGGAAGGUGGUAUGACUGCAGACGAUCAAGGUAAUCGAUUCGCGUUGGCAUUAUUUAAUGGGCCGGCGGGCAAUGGUGGAAAUGGGUCUUGGGAGGCAUUCCCGUCGAACAACGGGCAGCCUGAAGUGACAUCGGCUUGGCAGACCCCGGCUGCUGAACCGGGGAAAGCAGAUUGGGAGGUGGCCUUGGUCGAGACAGCUAGUAAUUUAUCAAACCAGAAAGCAGCAAUGGGGGGUGGGCUCGACCCGCUGCUGCUGAACGGGAUGUAUGAUCAGGGAGUGGUUAGGCAACACGUCGGGACUGCUCAAUUAAGCGGAGGUAGUGCUAGCAGCGUGGCUUUGGCCGGUCCAGGGAAGACCACGACCCCGGUUCUGGCCCUCCCAGCUCCCGACGGAACAGUUCAGGCGGUUAAUCAGGACCCAUUCGCAGCUUCGUUGAUCGUUCCACCUCCUUCGUACGUGCAAAUGGCCGAUAUGGAGAAGAAGCAGCACUUGCUUGUACAGGAGCAGGUGGUUUGGCAGCAGUAUGCGAGGAGUGGGAUGCAAGGUCAAGCGAGUUUGGCCCGGGUUCAUGGAGCAGCAGGUCUUAUGCCGUAUGGGAUGCCCCCGCCGCAAGUCAACGGGAUGGUAAUGCCUGCUGCAGGGUACUAUUAUGCUCCUCAGUACUGAUAUUUUGUUGAACUAUUGCAUUAUUAUUAUUAUCACCUGCAGAUAACUUCUUCUUACUUCUGUUUUGUGUUUUGCUCUUUGUUAGUGAUUUCUUUUUCUUGUGGCUGUAAAAUGAAUAUGUAAUGUAAUUUCCACCAAUCUGUGCACAAACUGGGGAUGGAGAGAGGUAGAUAAUCAGAUGUGAAUUUUGAUUUAGCUACUUGGGAGACCUGAAAAAACCUUGAUUCUUUCUCUCUUUUUCUUUUGUGCUCUGUUGUAACAGUAGAGUUUCUUCUUCUUCUUCUGAUUCAUGGUGCUCUGGAUCAUCUGUUAUUCGUUUCACUUAGAGAAAGGAAAGGUUUGCUAAUGCUGGUCUAGAUUAUUCGGUGCGAAGACUGCACACUGCUUGCAAAGAAGAACGGAUGACCUAACACACGUUUUGAACCAGAUUGUUAGAAGUCGAAGGUCAACGCAGUGUGGCAGGUAGUAAAGGCUAAAGGCUGGUCAUCUGUUCCAACCACCAUCACCUUGGUUUAAUUCCAAUUCAGUUGUAAAAUGCAUUAUUGUUACGGGGCUCCCUUUGAGCGGGGCGCUAUUCUGAAUUUCUAAUGAGACCUCACUCUCUCACUUAUCUUACACUAGAUUAGGGUCCGG